GAAGAUACAGAAAGCGGUAAUGAACAAGAGACAGGGCUUGAAGAAGGAAGACACGGUAUAAUCAGUGUAAUUACAUAAUGCAGAGCACUUUGUACUAUAACAAUCCAGGCUGCCUCCGGGAACAGGAAAAAGCGGCUUUUUGCAGGAAUCCGUCCCUGACAUUUGCAGUGAGAUUACCGUCUAUUGGAGUAGCAACGCUCCGCUGGUGGACACAAGGUGGCUUUCAUUAAAAAGGAUAGAAUUUGACUCAUUUCUUCCGCAGUUUUUGCUAGUGCUCAAAGCCAUCGCUUCAAGGUACAUUCCCCGUUUGCAGAAUAACAAGUGACGACUGGAAACGCAGACAGACCCCACAGGGAAAGUCCCAGCCGAUUACUGACUGCUGCACAGGACACCAUCCGAAAGCCACCGACUUGUUGAACUGAGCCACAGCCAUGAAUUUCCUCCGCCGGCGCCUGUCCGAUAGCAGCUUUGUGGCCAACCUGCCCAAUGGCUACAUGAUGGACCUUCAACGGCCGGACAAUUCCACCAGCUCCCCGGUAUCCCCGGCCUUGGAGAGGAAACAGCCUCAGCAAGUCACAACCUCCACCUCGGCGCCAGGCUCCAGCCUCUUCAGUUCUAUCUCCCAUGCAGUAAAACAGACCACUCAGGCGGCCGCCGGACUCGUAGAGCAGACGGGACCCCCCGCACCCCCUGUGGUUCUGAAGCCCAAGAUCCUGUUGGUGAUUGAUGACGCACACACAGAUUGGGCCAAGUAUUUCAGAGGGAAGAAGGUGAACAAGGACUAUGAGAUUCGGGUGGAGCAAGCAGAAUUCUCUGAGCUGAACCUGGCGUCGUACGUGAAUGGAGGCUGCAUGAUAGAUAUGCAAGUCAUAAGGAACGGCACCAAGGUGGUCAGGUCCUUCAAGCCAGACUUCGUGCUAAUCCGGCAGCAUGCGUACAGUAUGACGUUGGGCGAAGAUUUCCGGAGCCUCAUCAUUGGGCUGCAGUAUGGAGGGGUCCAGAGCGUCAACUCCCUCUACUCCAUCUACAACUUCUGCAGCAAGCCAUGGGUGUUUUCGCAGCUCAUAAAGAUCUUCCAGAGGCUGGGCGCUGACAAGUUCCCCUUGGUGGAUCAGUCCUUCUUCCCUAACCACAAGCAGAUGCUGACGACCCCGAAUUUUCCAGUGGUGGUGAAGUUGGGACACGCUCAUGCAGGAAUGGGCAAGGUAAAGGUAGAUAAUCAGUACGACUUCCAGGACAUUGCCAGCAUUGUGGCCAUGACGAAAACCUACGUGACCACCGAAUCGUUCGUAGACUCCAAGUACGACAUCCGCAUCCAGAAAAUCGGAAAUAAUUACAAAGCGUACAUGCGGACAUCAAUUUCCGGGAACUGGAAGGCAAACACCGGCUCCGCCAUGCUGGAGCAGAUUGCCAUGACGGACAGAUACCGGCUGUGGGCAGACUCCUGCGCUGAAAUAUUCGGUGGUCUGGACAUCUGCGCGGUGAAAGCCGUACACAGCAAGGACGGAAAGGAUUACAUCAUCGAGGUAAUGGACAGCUCAAUGCCUCUGAUUGGCGAGCACGUGGAGGAGGAUCGUCAGCUCGUGGCCGAUCUAGUGGUCGCUAAAAUGACCCAGCACGCCCAGAUGACACCUUCAGCAGUUCCUCUCGGCAGACCGCAGCCCCAACAGAUGCAGCCACAGGCGGUGAAACCACAGAUGCAGCCCCAACCGGGGCCCCAAGCAGCUGGGGGCCCCACUGCUGCAGCUCAACCUCGGCCUCCCCCACAAGGAGGAGCCCGGCCAGCACAAGGGCCCCCACCUCCCAGGACAUCGGCCCCUGCGCAGCAGAGGCUUUCUCCACAGGGUCAGCAACCACAGACAUCCCAGCCCAGCUCACCACAGACCCAGAGGUCUCCAAAUUCUCCCCAGCUCCCCCGACCUGCAAGCGGAACCCCUCCUGGCCAGGCACCCAAAUCUGCUUCUCCUCCGCAGCCGAGGCCUCCUGCACAGGGGCAGGCACAGUCCCAACAGGGCCUUCCAGGGUCAACGGCGAAGUCUCAGCAACCCCCCCACCCCCACCUCAACAAAUCCCAGUCGCUCACCAACAAUUUCAAUAUCUCGGAUCCCUCUCAGCGCGGCUCCGGAAAUGAAGAUGAGGCGAAGGCGGAAACCAUCCGCAACCUGAGGAAAUCCUUCGCCAGUCUCUUCUCUGACUGAUAUCUCUUCCACCUGGUCCACUUUUGUCAAGACACAUCUUCCUACUGCCACCCAAUAAUAUACAACAUAGUGAUGCUCAGAGUAAUACUUCCCGCUGCAGGAUCACACAGGAACAUCUGACCGUGUCCCACCACAAUCAGGAAACAUCUGAGAUUCUGGACAUGAAAGGGACUCCCCCCCACCCCCCCCCACCCCCCCACCCCCAUCAAUAGUCCAAACUCAUGCAAUGCUCUUGAACCUUUGCCACCAAUAUCAGCUCAGGCUUCUUGAAUGUUUUUGACUCAAUGGAUUCAGAAUAACUAUAUCAUCCUGAAUACAUUCUGCAUAAAAUUUGCUGUCCACUUGUUUGGGUAUUACCUCCAGGUACCCAGACUACUGGAUCUCCUCUUCUGUCAUGGCCCCAUCGUACUUCAUUAAAAAACAUGAAUGUGUGUUCCGAUAUCUCACGCCCUUCCUCGACAACUGAAAGGUAUAGAAGACCUUUGGAAACAUUUGAUAACUUGUGGAGACAUUGUCCAGUUUAACAUAUCCUGCUUAUUGCUGCCGUUGCCCAGUUGUCAGGGAUAACCCACCCACCGAUUACCUUUCUCCACCAGCCACCUAAUCAGCUCUGGUUCCUCACAUCCCCUAUGUCUGCCCGGCUGACGUUAUGAUAAAAAUAUGACUUAUGCAAACCUUUAUGGCCAUUCCAGCGACGAUUGUCCAGGCUCUUCUCCCUACUCAGCCCUAGUCAUAUGCAAGAUCAUGUCUUCUCCACCUAGACCACAUCGCACUGGUCCACAUAAGCCGCUGGUUGUUCCUUAAUGCUUCCUCUACUUCCAGGAGAAAUGAUUCUGUCUUCCGGGUGAAGUGAAAUCCAAACUGAAACAAAUCCUGCUUGAAUGCACCAUGUUAUAUCUCCACCAUGAUCUGACUUUUUAGGUGUGAAGGCCAUAUGUGACAAUAUCCUGCACUAAGAUGCCCUGUGGAGCUUUGGACCUGUCUGUGGGGGAAGGGGACGUGGGAAGGGGACGUGAACAUGUAGUACCACCAAGUAGGCAGGUUCAUAGCAAAGUGAACAGGGCUAUUAAUAGUUUAAAUAGCGAGGAAUUGGGCAUCUACAGCCGUGCUUUCUGACUCCAAUACACCGCAGCCACCGGCCUAUGUUGGAACGGCUCUGCUGCUGUAAAUCCACUGCUACAGAUUUAGGUUGUCCUGUGUAUUGGGCCUGGUUAUACUAAUAUGAAUCAGGUCUGCUAGUGUCUGAACAGUAUCAGAAACGCAUUUUUACGGCCCUGUCCUAGACUGCGAGACUUAUUAAUGUACCAAGCGGCCUGAAGGCUACAUCAGGUGACAUCCACAGAACUUCCCACACCGCAGGUCUUUAAGUAAUAAGAAGACCCACAUACACAGCCAUAUAUUGCUAGUGUCAGCUAAAUGCUGGCUACCGCUGGGAUUUGGUAGAAGGUCAGCAUGAAACAACCCCAUAGCAAUACACACUUUGCUGGGAAUCCCUUCCCUUCACUAUGGGCUCAGUCCACUAAGAUGAGGUUAGCUAAGAGUGAAACGCGCGUAGGUCCAAGCACUGUACAUUAUUAGUUCUUCCGUGAUGUCUCCAGGCACAGCUGUACAGAGCUAAGCGUGAAACGCGCGUGGAGGUCCAAGCACUGUACAUUAUUAGUUCCUCCGUGACAUCUCCAGGCACAGCUGUACAGAGCUAAGAGUGAAACGCGCGUGGAGGUCCAAGCACUGUACAUUAUUAGUUCCUCCGUGACGUCUCCAGGCACAGCUGUACAGAGCUAAGAGUGAAACGCGCGUAGGUCCAAGCACUGUACAUUAUUAGUUCCUCAGUGACGUCUCCAGGCACAGCUGUACAGAGCCAAGAGUAAAACGUGCACUGGCCUGAGUAAUGUACAUUAUUAGUUCCUCCAUGACGUCUCCAGGCGCAGCUGUACGGAGCUAAGCGUGAAACACGCGUGGAGGUCCAAGCACUGUACAUUAUUAGUUCCUCCAUGACAUCUCCAGGCACAGACGUCCAGAGCUAGGAAUGAAAUGCGCACUGGCCCGAGUAAUGUACAUUAUUAGUUCCUCUGCGAUGUCCCCAAGCGCGGCUGUACGGAGCUAAGAGUGAAACGUGCACUGGUCCAAGCAUUUUACAUUACUAGUUCCUCUGCGAUGUCUCUAGGCGCGGCUGUGCGGAGGAAAGGCCGGACGGUGUCACUUCAUUUGUGUUUCCGUCCAGAGGUUACGGACUGUGUGACGCUGCAGGGAAAUGGGCAGAAAGAAUAAUCACGCUUUGAGAAGGGGGAACAGGAGAUGUGGCCUUGGAUUCCUCUUUCUUUUCUCCAGGAUCUUCCUGCUUUAUGUUCUGCGUAAUUGUGUUUAUUUAUUGACAGAAUAAAAAAUAAAUAAAA